GGCGGUCCGACCGUCAGUUUGUUUACCGCGGCCGUUCAGCCGUGUCGUUUGUUGUCGCGUGUUCGCCAUGUCGUCGUUGUCUCGCUGCUGUCGUCUCGUCGGUGUGGCCUGACAACCGACUCCGUCGUGUCCGCUGAUUGUCGCAUCAUUAAUAAUUUCUCGGUGACCGCCUCGUCUCCAUACAUGCCAUACGAUAUAACAUUCGUCUCAAUAUUUCCCCUGUCUGCGGAACUGUUAGUAUAGUUUUGCUCUACGACGAAAAUACUGGCACGUACCCGAAUUUAUGUGACUGAUAAAUAAAAACAUUCAGUCGUACCGUCGAUUUCUCGUGAUCUCGCGUGAUCUUCACACAUCCGAGCGCCAGUUGUUCUCCGGCGGCGUGUACCGGAAGUGUUUCGUUGCCGUCUUUGGUUUUUUGUAUGAUUUCGUCUGCGGACCUGAAGAUUGAUCAUACCCGGAUGACCGUCAAAUUUGCAUAUAAUUGAAUCACAAUGGUCGUGUUACCGGUGUUUGGGCUACUCGUAACUGUUGCAGUCCAGAGGAUAUACGGCCAAUGUGAGUUUCCUGCCCAAUGGUCCGGUCGAUGGUUUCAGUCUGGCGUGAACCAUUAUAUCAAUAUAAAUACGACCACCAUUAUGACCAAAGGAGAGUGCGUGCAAAACGUCAGCGACAAGUUUCUAAUCGAAGACAGGGACGAAGACUGCAGAAGGUGCCUGGUGAUCACGGAAAAACACCAGAACGUGAUACAGUACAAAGAAAACGCAAUAUGCGAAAAACGUAGCCUCGACGAGCUGUGCGGAGAGAUUACCAGUGACGCUCCACUCUACUCCAUGUUUAGGGUAGAUGCCACUCCAAUCCCGUGCCCGUUUGAUGGCUUACAAGCGCCGUUUCAUUUCUCGUAUAGCCGCGGUGGUUACACCGAAUGCAAGUCGCCGGUUUCAAAAGCUGAUUCGUGUACGUCAGAUUCAAGGUUGAUGCUUAAGUUUCAAGCUUGCCCAGAUGUCCUUAACACCGAGAGCACAGUUGAGGAACUGUUAUGUUUGGCCACAUGGAAAGACGGAUCGACAAAGUACAUGAUCGGUAAGCUAGAACAUACACCUACGUCGUCGGAUGAAGAAAAGUAUCGGUGCUUUGUAGUGGGCAAAUCGAUGGGUGGUACGUUCGAUAUGGCCCAGUCAGGCGAUGCAACGUGUAAUGGUAUGUCGUCGCCCACUGAUGGGUCAAGAACUAUGAAGUUUGUCAGAGCGGAGAACCAUCACCACCACGGCGUUGGUUCAGGUUGCCGAUACCCGUUAUGGUUAACCGAACACCACACCUGGCACUCAUUGAACCACGGUCACACUUACCACUUCUCGCCGAGAAACGGCACAUUGCGGAAGAGCAUCCCGGGGGCAGGAUCCGACCACGACAUCCGCGCCACGUGUUACAAGGUAAUCAACGUUACCGAUAACAAGGCGCUGAUCAUCACACACUACACUAUUGGGUGUCAAAGCGGAUAUGCAUGUAUGGGGUUUUAUCGUCGUGACAGCCAAGUUGUUGAGGUCCAAGAAAGUGAAAACCCGAUGGAGAACGCAGAUGACGCUUGUCGGCCAGACAACUUCCACUCGCAGCAGUUGACGUACAGCACGUUAGUGCCUCCUUCGCCCCAAGGUCGCGAGUGCCCGUUCCUUGGUCGUUACGAGAUCAGCGGCGGACUGAACGCCGAAGACGUGGGCAAAGCGCUGGCCGCCAGCCGGCCCGGAAGCGAAAACAACCAAGACAAACCAUCGAUCCCGUGUAACCCACCCGGCAAGCAAUACCUGACCAUCGGAUGCAAUUCGCUAGACACCAUGGAAUUCCAGUCCGAGUGCGGUACCAAAACCGUAGCCGCGUACACGUGUUACGGACACUGGAAGAACGAAAUUACCGGCAUCAACUACGUGAUAUCCACGCCACAGGGACGAUCGGCUACGAAUUCUAGAAGAUACUGUUUUAUCAUGUCGCAAGUGAACGGAAUGGCUCAGCAAACGUUACACAUCGCCUCUGUGAUGGAAUCGUGCCAUCCGCACCCAUUGGGUCGGCUUCACUGGGCGUUUAAUAUAACGCACCAAGGUCUGUGCAGUUCCGAGUCAAACAGCGCUAUCAUAACCGGCAUACCAGUCCUAGUCCUAAUUGCAGCUCUGCUGGCCACCAUAGUCAAUUGCCGGUGAUCAUCGUCGUCGUCAGCAGUCGCGUCGGCCGGCCGGCCGCUAGACAUUUAGAGGAGGCUCGAGCCAAUAUUAAAAAAAAACCAAGACCACUUUGCUAAAAAAAAUUUAAAAAAUAUAUUAAUAAUCGGGCGGUCCCCCGU